UCGGUGCCGACGGGAGCGACACGCGGCACCUGGCGCCAUGGAGCAGCCGCGGACGGCGCUGGCCGACGGCCAGGCGGCGAGCGUUCUUGACGACUUCGGGAAGGCCGGCCCCGGCGGAAAACCCUGGAGGGAAAACCGACUGCAAGGCCAGGGCUUCUUCGAAAAGAUGGGAUGGGCCACCUCGGCAGACCAGCGGCGGCGCAAGAAGGAGAUCGAGCACUACCGCGAGGCACUGCGCCAGAUCCUGGCCGAGAGGAAGCGGGCCGCCCGCGAGGAGCGCGAAUUCCUCAUGGACGAGAACGGGAUCUCGGUAUACCCGAUGAUGAAGAAGCUGGAGACGGGUCGGCCGCGGCGGCAGCAGGAUACCGAGCUGCUCAACAACCCGCUGCCUCACACGGACGUGACGCGUCACCAGGAGGGGCGCGUCGUCUACCCACCGCUGCAGCAGCUCGACUAUCGACGCGACCUCGAGCGGCAGGUCCAGGAGAAGCAGCUCGAGAAGAAGCGUGCCGAAGAGCAGUACACUCUGGAGACGGUGCAGCAUCUGGAGAGCUUCGCCAAUUUCUGGGGUCGCCCCGGCGGCGGCGCGCCCAUCUCACAACAGCAUAAGAAGGCCAACAUCUCCCGCAUGCUCUUCCCGGACGCUCUGCACCCGACGAACGUGGCCUGAGGGGGUGGUGGGGCGGUGCCCUGGGCGGACGCGAGCGACAGGCGGUCGGUCUUGUCAGAGGGAGGAAGGGGAUGGAAAGAGCCUGGCUGCUGUGUCGUGGAUGUGAGGGUGCUGAGAGGACACUGCGGUCCUUGAACGGCAGAGACACAACGUCGAGGCCCACCAAGGAGUCGAGUAGAACCAUCCACCGGGAUUUGGACCGGGAAGAUGUGUGCAAUUUGAAUUUCAAAGGCACCAGUAGUGGUAACAGUGGGGUUCUUAUUGAGCCCAGAUUUGGAGGGUUCUGAGUGCUGAGGUCGCAGACUGGGCAGUCUGGGUGACAAGAGUGCGGUGCUGCGCUGACAUGUGGAAAGGAGGGGGCUUAUUGUCCCUCGUCAUUCGAGACGUGCGUGCUAUGACCACGAUCACACGGUUGAUGGAUUCGAUGCAGAGAGUCAGCCUGGGAACUUCAGGCUCUUCUUCACGGCACGUCGGUCUCCAGCGGCCUGACGGUCUCCAGCAACCUCUUGUCUUCCACGCUUCAUUGGCUUUCGGUGGUCAUUCUGUCGCUGAUGUUGUGCAGUGCGAUUUUAAUUAAGCUUUCUUUAGUCUCGAAAAUCAGGAACCAGACGUCUGAAAUGACCCGAAUAUCACGGUGGUUAUAAAGCUGACGGACUGUU